CGGUGGUCCCCUGCUGGACCAAGCUGCUUGCCCCCCCACCGGGCAGGCGGGCAGCCCUGAGAGAGCUGGUGGUCCAAUGUGCAGGCCGCGCAGCUGCCGGCGGGCAGUUGGGCCUUGGCAGCAUCAGCACCGAUGAGUGACGACGGAGCUCCCAUGUCCAACAAUAGGCCAGGAUCCACCGAGCCCAUCCUCUAGGAGGCUCCGUCUCUUCGAGCUGAUCACGACCACGCUCACGACCACGACCACGACUUACACCCAGAUUCUACGACCGGCAACCUUCUUUUCUCGCUAGACGUCGCGUCUUUGCCGCUACUCGCCCCCGUCCAACACACGAGAGCAUCUAGCUCCCCUCGCACCGCCCGAAACUCAUAUCCCGCACUCGUCAUCACCACCACAGCCGCCCAACAUGUCCCAAGUCCACGCCUUGUCCGACGACCAGGUCGGGCAAGAGCUCCGCAAGAUGACAGCCUUCAUCCGCCAGGAAGCCAGCGAGAAGGCCCGUGAGAUCGAGAUCAAGGCAAACGAGGAGUUCGCCAUCGAGAAGUCCAAGCUCGUCCGGCAGGAGACCGAUUCCAUCGAUUCCUCGUACGCCAAGAAGUUUAAGCAGGCCAGCCUGUCGCAGCAGAUCACGCGGUCCACCGUCGCCAACAAGACCCGGCUCAAGGUCCUCGCCGCCCGGCAGGAGCUGCUCGACGACAUCUUCGAGCAGGCCCGCAGCAAGCUCGCCGAGGGCGCCAAGGACAAGAAGAAGUACGCCGCCGCCCUCAAGGGGCUGGUUCUCGAGGGCAUGUACGCCCUGGCCGAGCCCGAGCUGCAGGUCCGCGCCCGCAAGGCCGACUACGACCUCGUGCGGACCGCGAUCGACGAGGCUGCCAAGGAGUAUAAGGAGAAGGUGGGCAAGGAGACCAAGGCAACCAUUGACGAGAGCAACCCGGUGCCCGAGGGAAGUGCCGGCGGUGUCUCGAUCCUCAGUGGUAAUGGCAAGAUCGAGAUUGACAACACGUUCGAGGCGAGGCUGCGAAUUCUUGAGAACAAUUCACUGCCUUCCGUGCGAAAGACGCUGUUCGGGGCCAACCCCAACCGCAAGUUCUUUGAUUAGAGAGGGGGCGAAGUUCACCGCAUGCGUGUCUUGCGGUGGCUUUCUCCGUGUAUAGUGGUCGUUCAUCGUAUAGCGUCAGAGGAAGAACAAAGCUGGGUCAGUGGCUGCAAACGUGAAGCAUAGUUCGAAGCCAACGUUCAUGAAACGUGCAAGAAAUGCAGUGUACAGCGUUGUCCCGUGAGCCUGAUUCUCGCUUUGCAUAUCAUUCAAGUUGAUCUCGUAAACAUGUCGGGGGUAAGGCGGGUGUCCUUGGGUGUUACCAGUCUCUGCUUAAAUCGGCAAGGGGUACGAUAUUACUGAAAACACACGCACCACUAGGACGACCUCGCUGGGAUAGCGGCAGAUGUCCAAGCCAGCGGCACAAGAUAUGACGAUGAGCAGUGCCCCUGUUGGCACUCAACGGACUGUAUGUCUACUGGUGUAUUAAUGUCAUUCCUAUCAAUGGGCUUUGAAUAUCCCACGGCGCGUUGUGGAUGUGUCUCAAGUGUCGUGCGCUUAUAACAACGUACAAAGGCAGGCAGACAAGCGUACACCACUCCGUUGUGAUCAGCUAUCAAGACCCUCCAAGCAGGAGACCUACGAGGUAUUCAAAUAAUGACGCUGGCCAGCACUGCAUAUGACGGCAACUGCCAGAGACCAACACGGAAGAUACCUCACCCAGCCAUCACGGUGUCCCUGGAGUGCAUCUCUGUCUCCAUUUUGACAUCCGAACCUCCUUUUUUCCUGAGGAAACCCUUCAUGAAAUCCCUCUGCUUCGGCAAAGACACGUCCUCUUCCACGUCCUCAUGCACACCAAAGAUAUUUUUCUUCGGGAUUGGCUUGAUCCUGACCUGAUAUACCAGCCUCUCACGCAGCAGCUCCAUCGCAUUCUUGGCCUCGAUCCUAGAGACGUGCAGACCCCUGUUGAGCGGCGCCACACGUGUCAGCAUGCUCUUGAGACCCUCGGCCAGCUCGUCGACCUCGGCGUCGAAGCUGACUGCCGACUUCUCGGCCCGGUCAUGCUGCCUGGACGCGUCACCUAGAGCGGCGUUGAGCAUCAUCAUCAGCGCCUCGAACUCGUGGUAGUCCGUGUCCUGGUUGAUUUGAAACUCGUCCGCCUCCUCCAGCCGGUCGAUGACGGCGCGGAUGUUGACCGUGUCCUCAGGCUGUUUGUCCGCGCGCUGGAGGUCGUCAAAGAAAAACACGGAUGCCAGCCGCCGCUUGAGGUCGAGGGUGCGUGUCUGGAGCGCCGCGGUGUGGGCACCACCCGGAGCGGCGGGGGCCAAGAGAGCCACGGCCCGCAGCCGCGUCGUGGCCCUCGGGGAGCUCUGGUACACCGAGUGGCAGACCUCCUGGCAGAAUGAGGUCCAGUCCGCGUCGGGCACGCUGCGGGCGACGAGAUCCACUGACUCCCGCCACCUCUGAGUGAACCCGAAAUUCUCUACUGCCAAGCUGUCCAUGCCCAGGCGCAGAAGGAUUUGCAUCACCGUGGAGCGAGCGGCUGGAGUGAGGUUCGGUGCCAAUGCCCCAACCAAGUCGAGGAUGCUUUCGACGCAAGACCAAUCCCUGUUCGCAUACGGCUGCCAGCUCUCCUCUCUCAAAGUGACGGGGCUCAUCAGGUUGUCGACGUCUUUUGUCGCGCCGAGCUGCGUGAACACCCGUUGCAGGAGCGCUGGCGUGACGAGGCGGGUCGUGUGGUGGCCGCAACUGCUCAACAGCUUGACAUACUCGGACUGCAACGCCUUUCGCCUUUCUGAGCAUAGUUCGUCCAGAACCCAGAGGAAUAUCUCAUCUGGAAGAUUCCCUAGCUUCUUCUGGAUGUCGUAAGCGAAGCCACUCGCAAAAUGUCUCCCGCGAUCCUGCGCGUCGUCAAGCACAGCCCACGGGCCCUUUGCCUUGGCCCUGGGGAAUUUCCUGCCCACAAUAUCCGACUCGGGCUCGUCUUGUCCGAAGAAGUAGUACAGCUUCCUUUCUCCGCCCACGUCGGCGCGUUGCAGGGCUCUAACGACCCGCAUCUUGUUCUGGACACCAUCUUGGUCUGCUGCUCCCUCGUCCUUGGCUGCAGCCGUGGCGACCUCCAUUAUGUGCUCCUUGAGCGCAACCGCCGCCCUGUCCUGUUGCCAGUGCGGGUCCUGCUCCGGGUCGCCUGGGCCGGCAGCCCCACGCUGGAUCUCAGCCUCGUGCUCCAGCAUGGCGGAGAAGCGCUGAGCAGAGGCCCGGGUCUUGGCGUCCUGACGGUUGAACUCCAGCAGGGCUUGGAUAUCCUGCUUAUGCUUCUUGCUCUGGAUGGUGAGUGGUGAUGAGUGGAAGUCGUGCGCGUCGGCCGUCCGCUUCGCACGGGGUGUCUCGAGCAGGCCGGGCCGGGCGGAGGAUGCUGCUGCUGUUGCCGUUGGGCCUGACCUCUGCUGCCGUGCCAGGGCUGGGCCGGUAUUGCGCAUCAGCACAUCCGGCAGCGAGUCGUCGUCCGAGUCAUCGAAGUCAUCAUCGGAAGCUGCGAUGACGACGUCGCGGCUGAUGGGGGCCCUCGGGGUUGGGGAGCCCAUGGAGGGAGGUGUGGAUGGAAGGUCGGGUGCUGGGGAGAGGGAGGCAGUUGCAGGUCUUGCAGGUUUGGCAUCGUCGCGGCUUCGUGGCUCCGGGGUUCCUGGAGCCGGCACCGUUGCGCGCGAGCUCCGCGUGGACGAGGCUGAUGGUUUUGAUGCCUGGGAACCUGCGAAGAAGCUUCGAAUGUCCCCGUUCCUUUUGGGGGCCAUUCUGGACGACCAACUACAGUGACGUCGUUGCAAAAGCAGUGGGCCUGGGGCCUGGGCUGGAUGAAGCUCACGAGGCCCUGGCGGGAUGUCGAUGUCGCCUGCCUGGAGCGCGUCCCGGCCGCGACGUGCGCGUUAAGGGCGUGGGGGGUGUCGUGGGUACCUAGGCACCUAGGUACGAAGUACAAGCGUUGCAUUUGGUUCAGUGGCACUAACAGAAGAGCGGGCGCCAAAGUGGCGGGCUGUGUUAGUGCAAGGCUGGGCCAAAUCUCCAUCUCUCCCACCUGAGGGUCAGC